AUGUCGGACAAACGCUCACUGCUCGUAUCGCCGCUGCGCCAGUACCAGCUCACGGGAUCCGACAUGGCCCGUGCUGUGUGCAAAGCCACUACUCACGAGGUGUCGCCGCCCAAAAAGAAGCACCUGGAAUACCUUGUGUCCGCCACAAACACCACCAACGUGAACAUCCCACAAAUGGCUGACACGCUUUUCGAGAGGUCCACUAAUGCCAGCUGGGUGGUGGUCUUCAAGGCUCUCAGCACCACCCACCACCUGUGCAUCCACGGCAACGAGAGAUUCAUUCAGUACUUGGCUUCCAGGACUGCCCUUUUCAACCUCAGUAAUUUCAUUGACAAAACUGGCUCUCACGGUUACGACAUGUCAACUUUCAUCAGACGAUACGGGAGGUACUUGAAUGAGAAAGCCUUUGCCUACCGUCAGAUGGCUUUUGAUUUCACCAGAGUCAAGAAAGGUGCUGAGGGCGUGAUGCGGACCAUGACCACGGAGAAGCUGUUGAAAGCGAUGCCCGUGCUGCAGACACAGAUUGACACGCUGCUUGAGUUUGACGUUCAUCCAAAGGAGCUGAACAAUGGUAUCAUCAAUGCUGCAUUUCUGCUGCUCUUCAAGGAUCUGGUCAAACUGUUUGCCUCGUACAAUGACGGCAUCAUCAACCUAUUAGAGAAAUACUUCAAAAUGAAGAAGAGUGAGUGUAAGGAGGGCUUGGAGAUUUACAAGAGGUUUUUGACCAGAGUGACAAAGAUCGGUGAAUUCAUGAAGCUUGCUGAGACAGUGGGAAUUGACAAAAAUGACAUUCCUGACAUUAACUAUGCUCCCAGCAGUAUCUUGGAGUCCCUGGAAACCCACAUGAAUGGCCUGGAAGAUGCAAAGGGUGGAAAGAAGGGUGAAGGGUCUCCAACAAAGGGUUCUCCAACAAACAACGUGUCCCCUACUUCCACUCCAGCCAAAUCUUCAAACGCUGUCCCCACACUGCAGCCUCCUCCUGGGGACGGUGCCGCAGCCGCCGCCCCUGCAGCUCCAGAACCAGCCGAAGAAUCCUUGUUGGACCUUGAUCCACUGUCUUCCACGGGUCCUUCAGAACCAUCAGCUGCACCCACGUCAUGGGGAGACCUCCUUGGAUCUGAAAUGGGCGAUUCGUUGCUAGCCGAACCCGCCAUGGCUGCAGAGCCCGCCCCCUCUCCGGCAGCAGACACGCCCACACCAGCAGAAGCCCCGCCUCUAGCUCCUCCCACUAGCACAGCAUCGGCCUCCUCCCCAGGCGCCGCCAAUAUGGAUCUGUUGGGAGACACAUUUUCCACACCGGCUCCCGCCUCUGAUGCGUCUGCUGCUGCGGCUGAAGGCGGAGCUGCUGCCACAUCUGCCCCUGCUGCUGCUGCUGCUGCUGCUGCCGCGGACGUGUUCAGCUCCCCCGCCCCCAUCCUCUCCUCAGCACCACCUGCAAAAUUAGACACUGGAGACAUCAUGAACCUGUUUAGUGAGUCCACCGGAGAUGCCACAGCUGCUGCCCCCGCUGCUGCUGCUGCCCCUGGAGCCGAACUCAUGUCAGUGUUUGAUGGAUUAGGAGAUUUGAUGAAGCCCACUGUGAACCCUCAGGCAGGGGAUGUUGACACCUCCAUGGCUAACAUGGCGAGUAAUCUCACAAUGGGAACAGCCCCUCAGGCCGGUUCACCAGGAGCUCCCAUGAUGCCGAUGGUGAGGCCAGCUGGCGCAACCCCUGUCCCUGGAGCACCGAUGUCUGGAGCUGCCCAGAGCCGCGCGACAGGCCAUUUCAGAAGGUCUGUCAAUGUGUAUGGAGCUCUGUGGAUUUGGAUGUCUGCACUUCCCCACUGCCUCCCCUUUGUCCCUCUCAGCCAAUCCGCCACCAUCUAUACUAACUUCACCCUCUGGCUUAGUUAA